AUGUCAGAGUCUGUAGAUCCGUUGGACGAAUCAAUCCUAGAUGAGGCCGUUUCCCGCAAUGUCACUGGAACCAGGAUUACAGGAACAAACACUGAACCUUCGUCGAAUUUUUCCCAGCAUGACGAGCUGUCAGAAAAAGAUGGCCUUGCAGAGAAGAAACCUGAAACCGAAAAACCUUAUAGACUUUGGGAUGAGAGACGAAAGUUGGCUGUGAUGUUUGGCAAAGUCUACAUCCUCAUAAUGGUGGUAUUCAUCGGCGUCUUGUCUCUUUAUUGGGGUUCAAUUUAUCGUCGUGAAUACAGGGUUGCCAAUAUGAAAAUGUUGGUAGUGAUUGAAGACAGUCAGGUUCAACUUACGAACUCCACUACUGCUCCGGAGCUACUUGGAGAAGCGGUUAGGGGACUAAUCAAUGAAUCCUCUACUUAUGGAGAUUUCCGCUUUGCGAAUGUGCUGGAACUCAGCGACAUUGCUUCCCAACAUGAUAGAAGUUUGUUUGAAGAGGUGGAGAAACAAGUUCAUGAGCAGAAAUAUUGGGCAUGUAUCUACGUGAAUGCAACUGCAUCUCAAAUUGUCUACGACUUGCUUUCUUCAGGAAAUGCUCUGUCAGUAUAUGCGUUCCAACUGCAAUACAUUGUCUCGGCUGUGUACGAAUCCGGGCGCCAUUUUUCGGCAUUGUCCCAGUACGUCACCAAGAAUUUGCGCAUAAUGGAAUCCCUUUGGUUAUCAAACUUUGCACCUCAUGUGUACGCAACUAUGGUAGAACACUACCUCACGGAUGAUCAAAGACAAAACUUGGUCCGUUCUUCUAAUUCAACUCAAGUUCCCUCAGUGCUUAGUGUGCUUCCUUCAAUUAAUAUGGUAGAUCAGAGACUGAGUCUGUCAUCUACAGUUUUGGGACCUUCAGAGCUUGGACUUAUCUACGCUCAAAUUUUUUCUUUCCACCAGUUUAACUUCUCAGUGGAUCUUCACAAUAGUGUUAAGGAUAAGCUUCAAUUCGGGCACUACGUCUUGUACCGUAUAAUGAUUUCCCAAUGUAACCACUUUGUUUUGGCAUUGGUAUAUUCUCUUAUGACGAUAGCGUUCAGGGUUCCCAUCGACUCAGCCUUUGGUGGCCCAGGUUUCUUGAUUCUUUGGCUCACUAUGUUCCUUUUCAUUAGCGCUAGUGGAGGUAUCAAUGAGACCAUUGUGUCUUGGAUUUUGUACAAAGAUAAGAAAGCACUCUUGGCUCCGUUCAUGAUUUUCUAUAUCGUCAUUAACAUUGCACCCACAUUUGCGCCGUUAGUGCUCUCACCGGGAUUCUAUCGGUAUGGAUAUGCUACCCCGAUGUAUAAUGCAUACGAGGCCCUAAAAGUCGUGUUUUUCAACACUUGGCGGGGAACCUUGGGCCGAAACUAUGGAAUUCUUGGUGCCUGGAUAGUAGCCUCCAACUUAUCAUUAAUUUUGGUUCUCAAGCGAAUUUCAGAUGCCACAAAGGAAGAGGUCAACAAAAAGAAGGGUAGAUUAAACUCCAAAAGCUGA